GUCUGAGGUCCUUGCUCAACAGCAAGGCAUUUGCAGGAAUCACCAUUGCUUACUACUCCAAACUGCUGUAUCCCUCCACUCUUUUCAUUCAAAGCCUCUCAAAUUUUCACCCUAAACCCUUAAAUACCACAGGCUCUGCAAUUUUCAUGGCACCAAAUAGCCACAAGUUCCAAAAGUCAGUCAUAGUAACCUUUGAAUUAAGCUUACAAUUUCUCUCUCGAUCCUAUGAAUUCAUCUACAUGAUCCAAAAUCUAGGCCUGGUGGCCUUGAGAUUGAGCUUGCCAUUCCUCUUUCUUCCUCAUGAAUCUAUCUCUAAGCAUGAGAAGUUAGGCAUAUGGGGUUUUGAAUUCUUCUCUGUCACUCAUGAAUCCAUAUGGGCCUUGGUAUUGAGGUCACAUUUCCUCUCUCUCUUACUCUUUGAAUUCAUCAACAAGUUCUAAGUGCUAGGCAUAGGGGCUCAAGAUUAAGCUCUCGGUUUCUCUUUGCUUCUCAUGUAUCCAGCUAAUGCCACUAAAAGUUGGGUUAGGGUUUUAAGGUCAUGCUUAGAUUCUCCCUGUCCUCCUCCAUGAAUCCAUUUCCAAGCUCAAGAAGCUAGGCAGAGGGCUUUAGAUUCACAUUCACAUCUCUCUCUUAUUCAUGAACCCAUCAGACAUGCCUGAGUCCACCGGCGGCAGUGGUGGUGCCAAAUCCGGGCGCCACCCCAUUUAUCGAGGUGUGAGACAGAGAAAAGGCGGGAAAUGGGUGUCUGAGAUACGUGAGCCCAGAAAAUCAACACGAAUAUGGCUCGGGACAUAUGCCACCCCGGAAAUGGCCGCCGUAGCGUACGAUGUAGCGGCGCUAGCCCUAAAGGGAAGACAUGGUGCGACACUAAACUUUCCAGACUCUAUAGCAGAUCUCCCCUCUCCAUCCACAAAUUCCUCUUCUGACAUCCGCGCCGCAGCCGCUUCUGCUGCAGAAGCACUCUCUGGAUCCAGAAACCCAGGUUUUGCACUCAAAGGAACAGAUUCGACGAUGACUGCGCAAACGACUUCUGGUGAUCCGAACAUCACCGGCGAUUCAUCAGAUUUUCCGGUUUUUGGGGAGUCCGGAGAUUCAGACAUGACUGAAUUCAUGGAUGAGGAAUUGAUAUUUGAUAUGCCAAAUUUGCUGGUGAGCAUGGCUGAGGGUUUGAUGCUCAGUCCUCCAAGGCUAGGUGAGGAGGAGGGUUGUGGUGGUGGAGAUGACAAUUUGUGGAACUAUAAGGAGGAGCCAUGAACUUUACGUUGUCGUGCCAUGCCAUAAUUAAUAAGUAGAAUAAGAGUGACUACCCACCUCAAAAAUAAGAGAGCUUUAUAUCAUAUAAAGAUGUGAAUAAAAUGUGAUCCCUUGUCCUUUCUAGAAAUGGCAUGGAUACCCUUAGGCGUUUGACUUUUUCUGUCAAAUAACACACAUGUCAAGCUCUUCAACACCUCACCCGCCUCCUCCCCCAACCCCCCCAAAAAAAAACAAACAAAAGAAAAAAAAAAAAACAAAAAGAAAAACCACAAAAAAAAAAAGUAGUGUGCGUAUCACUUAUCAAGUAAAAAGAAAUCCAUAUAAAAGGGAAGAAGAUAAAAAUGGCAAGGGUCCAUUAUUUCUUGCUCCUUAUGUGUAGGGUUUAAGUGAAAAAGAAAUCGAAAUAAAAGGAAAGAUGAUAAAAAUGGCAAGGGGCCAUUAUUUCUUGGUACUUAUGUGUAGGAUUAUAAGGGAUUUGUGGUGAGUGGAGAUUAUGUUAUUGUUAUUUCUCCUUUGAGAAAAGUUCAAUGUGAUCUUAGCUUUUAAGCCGGCUAUGUAAAGUCAAGUGUAAAUGAUGGCAUGA